AUGUUUCCCAUGAUUCAGGAGAGAAUCAACGCGUUGGUAGCACCAUUUUCUGGCCUCCUUUUCAAGAGUAAAUCCAACCAGGUGACUCUCCUCGCUGGUGGUGGUGCCUUCCGGAACAUCAAGAUCUUCAUUGACAAUGUUGAACCCAAUCGCACCGUCUCUGAACAUGAAGGAGUAAAUGUGAUUGCUGGAACAGUCAUCGGUACAGUCAGCCGGUCCAGAACCUGCGGACCGUUUAACUACAUUCACAUGUCCAUGAAGAAGUCUGAGCCAAAUCGCCUUGUGUCCAUUCUGGACGGUGCUCUUGACGACGAUCCGUCAGCCGCUGAUCUGGCCGCCAAGGAAGGGUAUGUGGACCCCAGCAGCUACUUGGCCAAGAGACCGUUGACGUUGCCCAAGUGGACUCAAGUUUGUGACGAUUACAAGCUGGUGUGGUUGGGUAAGACACUUAAGGAAGGUAGCCUACUUGGAGGUGACGGAAAGGAUGGGGAAACAAUGGACACCAGCCCAGAGCGCAAACCUCCCCCUGACACUAACACCGACAGACCUGAUCCCAGCAGGAGACCUCCCGAGCGGACAUCCUCUCUUAAUCAAGCAUUGUCGGAAGGUAAAAAAGAACAGACUGAGGAAUCACUUAGUCUCCCCAAACCAACAAUUGGCUCAGGAUCUCCCUUCAAGAACUUCACAUUAAGAAACUUGAAGAUUGGAGCCAUCCUGGCAUUUGCCCGUCGGCUUGGACUGGAGAAGACUGCAGAUGACUUGCUGACCGUCCUCGAGACGAUUGUUAAACUUGUGAGUGACAAGCCGUGUGUUCUGCCCGAGUCUUUGUCCAAUGAUAUGCUGAGAAUUGAGCUCCAGCAACACGGACUGAGUUCACAAGGAGACAGGAAAACUUUACUCCAGCGGUACAAACAGCCCGAGGAUCGUUGUCCCCUGCUUCAAGUCUCCUUGCCCAAGAAUGUGUACUGUAAGAUUGAUCCAAGCUGCCUAGGCGUCGAGUGCUGUAUGAAUGUCAAACUCUUCAUGGUGUCUCUGGCCUUUAAGGCAUUUAUGCGUUUUGACCCAUGCGAAUUCCAGUUUGUCCUCGGAGUCAACUCGUGGAACUAUACCAUCCAAAUCCUGGAAGCUGAAUUUGGUGAAGAAUUAGAUGUGCCUGUGCCGUUCGACAUCCCAUUUGUCGAUGAUAUGGAAUUGCACUUGAGGUUCAAGAUUGAAAAGAGUAGGACACAACUACUGGUCAGCAUGUCAGUUGGUUUCUGCCCGAAGACUGGUGAUGCAGACUGUUUCUCAUUCAUCCACGUAUUGACAGAUUCAGCCAUCCCCUUACCCAUCUGUCACCCAAACGGAACCAUCACUUGGCCGAAUAUUGAUCUUGAGGAGUACUUCUCCCGUGCUGCCCUGAAGAAGAUACUCAAACAGACUGGAGCAGAGGCACUGCAGGCAGGCGCUGAAGCCGCCCUGCGCUACGUCCUGGACGAGCUUGGCAUACCAAAGGAGUUUUUGAGUGACAAAAAUCCAUGUCAAACACCUUCGAGUUUGACUGAGUCCCAGCUUACUGAUACACUGGAAAGCAGACAACUUGCAACCACAGGUACCAGGAUGGAACUGGAGGCCAGGCUCUCUGAAGAUGACAGAACAUGUCGGUACCUCACCUUGCCAAUGUUCUCCCCGGAACUGGCUAAGGUGGCCUACUGCUCCCUGAGCGAAAGCUGUCUCCGUCUUGACUGCUGCCUGGAGCUCAACCUCCAGAAGAUAAAAUUCCGCCGAUCGAUCAACGCCUUCGUGGAGGUCAACGCCUGCGACUUCACCUUUGUUGUCGCCUUUCAGCACCUCAAAUAUAAGAAAUUACUACUGAGUUAUGAUUGGGGACAACCACAGCAGCAAAACAUUGGUGUGAUUGCCUUGAAAUAUUCCAUUGACAAAGUGGAUGCUGAAAAGGUGUUUAGGAUUGACUUUGGGGCAUCUGUCUGUCCGAGUGGCGAGGAUUGCAUCUUUGAUUUAGACAUCAUUCAGGACUACAGGGUGCCCAUUCCUGUCUGCAACUCCAACUUCUCAUUCUCCCUUCCAGGAGGCAAUAACUUGAGUGAGUUUGUGGCUGCAGUUGGUCGGAAUGCUGGUCAGCAGGCGGUAAACAUCUUGCUAGAGUACAUUGGCCUGAAGGAUAAGAUUUAUGACGAACCUUGCAACACUACAGCCCUGGUUGCAGGUGAAGAAGUUUGCACUAACGUCAGUCUACCAUCAGUGUCGACCGGAUUGACCUGUGAGCUGUCACGAGAAUGCCUUGGCAUCCGAUGCUGUGUUGAACUUGAUCUGCAAGUCACCAUACUGUCGGUCAAUGCGUGGCUGAUUCUAGACCCAUGCAAGUUCACGUUGUCUGUUGGGCUUGGAAAGUGGUCCUUGAUGUUCACCAUAUUUGACUACCACUGGGGUACCCAGGAGCAGCUCAAGAUUGGGAAAGCCUUGACCCUCAUCUACACCAUUGACAAGCUGACUGAGGACAAGGUGUUUGUGCUAGAUCUAGCCCUGUCCCUCUGCCUGCCAGAUACAGAGUGUAACACGCCCUCUAUUGACAUACUCAGGAAAACCCUAGUGCCGAUUCCACUUUGCAAUGAGAAUGCUACGUACACUCUUCCAGGGGAUGGGACUGUUAAAGGCUUCUUGGAGAAGGUUGGCCAAAAUGCAGCGGAUUCGGCCGUAGAUGCCAUUCUGAGACAUCUGGGGCUUUCUGAAUACAUCAGUAGGGAGUCAUGCAUACGUCCACAAGUCACGCAGAAUGGUUGGCAGAGACUUUGUCCACGAGAUGUCAGACUCCCUCACCUCCCCAGAAACCUCAUCUGCACCCUUCAUGAGAAGUGUCUGGGGCUUGAUUGCUGUCUGGAGCUUCCAAUCCAAGGUAUCGCUCCCAUCAGCACUCAGGUCUCCUUCAUCUUUGAUCCUUGUACCUAUCAACUCUCUGUGGGUCUUGGCAGCUGGCAGCAGGAUUUGGAAAUGUUGUCUUAUCCUUGGGGUCGGCAGGAAGAGGUCAACGUAGGGAACGCUGUCGCGAUACGUGUGAACAUUGACAAGUUAGAUGCGGAGGAGUCCUUUCAGAUCAAUCUGGAUAUCUCUUUCUGUUUGGAUGAUGAUUGUUCAACCACACCGGUGCUCAGCAAUGCGUUGGUCCCCAUCCCGUUCUGUAAUCUCAACGCCUCCUUUGAGCUGCCAGGAGAUGGUAGCUUUGCGGGAUUUGCCCAGGAUCUUGCUGGAAACGUCGGGGAGUUGGCUGUCCAGGCUGGCCUUCGAAAACUUGGAAUCCAGCAAUAUAUUGACAACCAGCAGUGUGACAUGGAGGUACUUGCACCAAGUGAAAACAAAUGUCCACUUCUGAGGUUGCCAUCUCCGACCAGCUUCCUGACCUGCACAGUGGAUGACCGAUGCCUUGGCCUGACAUGCUGUGCCUCCCUAGACCUGAUCUUCACUCAGUUGUCCACUACCACUUGGGCUCUUCUAGACCCCUGCGAAUUGAAACUGUCUGUUGGGCUGGGGUCGUGGUCAAAGAAUGUCACAAUCUUUGAAUACGACUGGGGAGUGGAUAAGGCGCUUGAUGUCAGUGAUUCCGUGCACAUAGCGUAUAACGUUGACAAGUUGAAGGCACAGAAGGAGUUCUUGAUAGACCUGUCUGUAAUCCUGUGUAUAGACGGCAGUUGCAGACCCAUUCACCUGCUCCAGGCAGCCCACGUAUUCAUUCCGAUCUGCAACCCUAAUGCCACUCUCACCUUGCCUGGGAAUGGCACUGUCUCUGGCUACCUGGAGAGCAUAGGGGGCCAGGUCACAGACGCAGCAGUGGAUUUGGUACUAGAUUAUCUGGGACUGAAGAGUUUCCUGUCCAGAGACGCUUGUAAUUUGCCCCCAGCGCAGGAAGCUGGCAAUGAAAGUUGUCCAGUUCAGAUUCCCAACAACAUUCCCAGCUUGUCAUGUAGUAUCGGCAACCGUUGUACAAGUCUUCACUGCUGUCUAACGCUGGAUCUCAAACUAACUCAGAUCAGCACCAAGACCUGGUUUAUUAUCGACCCAUGUGACUACAAGAUGUCUGUCGGACUGGAGAAGUGGUUCUUCAACGCGUCACUGUUUUCCUACGAGUGGGGAGUGAUGGAACAUUUCGUGAUCGGAAAUGCUCUGAGUGUUAUGUUUUCCAUCGACAAGUUGGAUGCCACGAAGGAAUACGAAGUGGAUUUUGCCUUCUCCCUCCUCAUCGACGGUGUUACCAGAGUCUUUCCCAUCAUGACAGACCAGAGAAUCCCAAUGCCCAUCUGCAAUGCCAACUCCUCCCUGGCCUUGCCUGGUGACGGCACGGUGAGAGGUUUCCUGCAGGAGCUGGGAGACAAUGUUGGACAGGCAGCCAUCCAGCUGGUCCUCCGACGACUCAACUUACAGGAUAUUAUAAUUGGAAGAACAUGCCAGUUGGCUUCAGAGACAAACACCCACUGCCCGACGAUUUCCUUGCCAUUCCUUGAGAACAUCGUCCAGUGCUCCAUCGACGACCGUUGCCUAGGCAUCCAAUGCUGCAUCCAUCUAGACUUCAUCGUAACAGAACUCAUGCUGACAACAAGGAUCCAAGUGGACCCGUGCAACUACCAGCUUUAUGUGGCUUUUGAGAGUUGGGAGCUUAAUGCCACGCUCUUCAGCUACACUUGGGGAAACGUGGAAACUCUGAACAUUGGCAAUGCUGUAUUGCUGAAGUAUUCUAUUGACAAGCUGACAGCAAAAGAAGUCUUCUCUGUGACCCUUAACAUCGUGCUGUGCAUUGAUGAUACCUGCACCACAACUCCGGUACUGGAUCACGUCUGGGUUCCCAUACCUCUGUGCAACACCAACGUCAGCUCAUUCACCUUGCCCGGUGAUGGAACAGUGGAGGGAUUUAUACAAGAACUGGGUGGUCGCAUUGGAGACUCUGCCAUUGGCCUUGUAAUGGAGAAAUUUGGCCUGAGUCAAUAUCUACAGAGUGAACAGUGUGAUAGAGGAACACCAGGCUCUUUAAAAAGUGGCUGUCCAGGAGUCGAUGUAACCCAGCUUCCCGACUUCCUAUCGUGCACCCUCACCGAUUCCUGCCUGGGCAUCCGAUGCUGUCUGGAGAUGGACUUCAAGAUAACUACUCGCAGCAUCAAUACCUGGGUCAUACUGGAUCCCUGCAACUACAGCCUGUCAGUUGGUUUUGAGAAGUGGGAACGAAGCGUCACCUUGUUUCAUUAUCCUUUGGGAGAUACCAUUAAGGAGGUUGUGAAUGACGUUCUGAAAAUAAGAUGGCGCGUGGCCAAGAUCAUUGAAGACAAGCAGUUUGAAGUAGACCUCUCCUUAGUCUUCUGUGUAGAUGGAGCCUGUGACACUCUCACCGUGUUUUCAGCCAGUCGUCUUCCAAUACCACUGUGCAACACUGAAGAUUCAUUUACUCUGCCUGGUGAUGGCACUGUAUCAGGCUUCCUGGCUUACCUUGGAGGUAAUAUUGGCCAGUUUGCCAUAGACGCUGCCUUACGCCAUCUAAACAUGACCGGCUUCCUCACAGGAAUGGCGUGCUCCCGUCACAGACGAGAUGUCUGUGCCAGUUCUGCUAGUUUUCUUGGCAACUGCUCCCUGAUUGGUGAAACCUGCACGGAGCUGCGAUGCUGCCUGGACCUGGACCUAAAGAUAGCAGAUGUUUCAGCAACGACGUGGUUCAAGUUUGACCCCUGCGACUUCACCUUCACGUUGGGCCUGGAGAAGUGGUCCUUCCAUGGCUCUGUCUUCAGCUAUCAGUGGGGAGACGAGAGAACCGUUUCAAUUACUUCAGGAAUUAACUUGAGGUACUCUAUUGACAAGCGGAAUGACUCCAAAGAAUUUGAGAUGAAUAUGACUCUUGAAUACUGCAUCGAUGGGCUGUGCAGUAACAUUGACCUGCAGCAUAACAUACCCAUCCCCGUGUGCAACCCAGGCUUCAGCAACUACAGCAUUUCUGCUGAUGGUUUCAUAGAAACACUGUCAGGACAAGUCAUCCAGGGAGCGUCGCUGGCGCUGUUAUCACGACUCGGAAUCAACCCAGAGUUUUUCAGCAGUCAACCAUGUGUUAACCCCAGAGGACCCCAGUCCUAUGGCAAUUGUCCCAGCAUGCAGCUUCCCGGCACCUUAGCCACCUUGGCCCACUGCAGUAUCAUCAACAGUUGCUUUGGUGUACGGUGCUGCCUGGAUGUGAGCCUUGGACCACUGAAUCAUGCAUUCAGUACCUCUAUGGUGAUCAACCCUUGCCUGGGCAAGCUGACUCUAGAGUUCGGCAAUUGGCAGCACAGCAAAUCCCUCUCACAGCUCGAUUUUGACAUCAGUCAUCAGAUUGUCAUUGGAAACUUUGUCAAACUUCGAUACUCUCUGGGGCUAGCAAACGGAGAAAUAUCAGUCAGCCUGUCUUUGGAAGCGUGCAUCGAUGGAAAUUGCACUGGAGAAAUCCGGAUCUUGGAUGACGCAGUAUCCCCUCUUCCCAUGUGCUACCCUAAUGGGACCCUCUCCUGGAAUACUUUACCACGAAUAACUUCAAUCUCUCAGCUGGGAAGCUUGGAUGCUGGAUUUCAGACUGUGGCUCAGGCCCUUGGCUUACCAUCUCUUCUAAUCUCAGCCUUACCGUGCCCUCCUGUAUUCCAACCAAGACAGUCUGAAGAAUGUCCACAUCUUCCCUCUCUGCCUACCCUUCAGUCGGGAGGUGUAUGUCACUAUUCAGAUGCCUGCCUAGGGGUGGAGUGCUGUCUGUUAGCAGACCUUGGUGUCACUAGUCGAACCUUGAGGGCAUGGCUGACUGUUGACCCCUGUGAUUUCAAGCUGAGUGUGGGGUUUGAAAACUGGAGUUACAAUGUCACCCUUCUCAGUUACGCGUGGGGCCAGGUGGCAGGAGAAAGGCUGAGUGAUGCUGUCUUGCUCACUUUCAUCGUCGAUAAGACCGCUGACAAUCGCAACUUUCUCCUCUCCCUCUCCAUCCAUCUCUGCAUUGCAGGAGUCUGUGCUCCAGACAUAGUCGUUCUCCAGGACUUCAUGGCACCCAUACCAUUCUGCAAUCAAAACCGGACGUUGGAGUGGGCUCAGGAUUUGGGUGAUGUUCGAGAUUUGGCAAGUGGUCUAGUGGUGAACCGUCUUGGUGUCAGUGCUGAUGUGCUCUUACCACAGGAAUGCACUGGUCCACCGGAGCAGAUCACACCAAGAAACACAGGAAGUUGCAGUUCCCUUUCUCUACCAUCAUCCGUUGCGUCGUACUGCUCCCUGGAUCAGUCAUGUCUUGGGGUCAGCUGCUGCUUGAACUUUGACCUGGGCAUUGUCCAGAGGUCAUUUUCCCUCUGGGCGAAGCUAGACCCCUGUGCUCAGACUUUCUCGUUUGGAUUUGAGAAGUGGAGUCAUGAAGAGGUGCUAGGCAUUCAACUACUUCAGACUCAUUCCUUUGAGAAAAAGCUUGGAGUUGUAAAAAUCAGGUACAAUAUAGAGCGCCCACACAGUUCUGUCUAUGAUGUGGAUUUGGACAUCAGUCUCUGUUGGCGGGAUACAUGUAAUGAUCCUACCGUCAUUCUCCAAGAUGCCAUGUUCUCAGGGUGUAGUGAUCAAGAUGGAGGCAGCAGCACAAGAAGGAGGAGAAGAAGUGUCGAGGAACUCGCCAGCGACUCUGCUGAGGGAACGGACAGCAUGGAAGACCUCACAGCUAACGCUGUAGACAAGGCCAGGGACUAUUUUAGGGCCAUUCUUCAGGGAGACGCCAAUUCGUAUUCAGCGGAGGACAACAUCAUGACAAAGCUUCAGCCGGAAAAGGCUGUCAAGCCAAGGGUUGCUGAUUCGGGCACGGAAAGCCGUCGCUCUAUGGCUCUUCUCAUCUUCGGCGAGGAAGAUGAAACUCGAGUUACAAGAAGAAGGAGAAGAGACCUCUCCGUCUCGUUGACUUCAGGGGGAGAGAGUUUGUUUGGUAUCAGUCUGGCACCUGGCGCUGACUCAGACACGUGGCAGGGAAAUAUCAUCAUCGGUGGAGGCUUAACACAGAAGGGUCUUGAUGCUCUCGGUCAGCGUAUCGCCAACAUGACCAUUGGGGAGUUGGAAGCAACGCUGGAUCUUCAGAACAUCGACCCUUUCAGUGUGGUUGAGCUGAUGAAAGAUCUACGUGCUCUCUUCAGGACCUUUAUUGAAGAGUUUAUUGACGUCGUCAUUAACGGCAAGGCAGGGGACGACUUUGCACAGUUUGAUGUCGUCUUAAGCGGGACAAUUCCCUUCCCCAGGAGGCAUGCCAAGUUGUUUCCCCCUCUUCGCUGGGGAAUACCAGUCGGUGGAUUUAUCUACCUGGAAUUCAGCAUUGAUGCUGGAGGUUUCUUUGAUAUGGAGAUUCCGGUGUCAGUCGCCCUUGUAUCCAUGAAAGCAACGGUACUGGAUGAAUUUUUCCUGCAGUUGUAUCUCGAUAAAUGUUUUUUGGUUGGCGCAUAUGUAAGAGGUAGUGUCUCCAUCGGGUUUGUCCUUCAUGGGGAGUUGGAACUGAUUGCCGAUGUGCUCCACACUAAGUUCCCGACAGUAACUGAAAUUCUGUUUUCCAAGUUCCCGCUGGAUGUUGGGGUAAAACUGGACAUUGAAAUGAUUCCCCUAAUAAUCCGUCUGCGAGCUAAGGUGAUACUGAAAAUCCCAUUCUUUGGGAGAAUAACCUUGUUUUCAGUGGAGCUGUGGCGUUAUCAGGCUCCAGCAAUACACAGAAACAUAUUUGAUAUUCACACCAGGCAACCAGAUAAAUCGCCACCAGAGAUUGAAGAGUACUCCACACCAGUGGGUGGGUUGACUAGGAAUAUUGUAGUCGGCAAGAAUGCCUGCGGUGUUGAACAAGUUCCUGGACUGGACUACACGGAGCCGGCCUUUCAGCUUGAGAUAGUAGCAUUCGAUGACAAGAGCUUGGUAACGUUCUUCUACCAGGUUGGGACAGCCCCUGGAGCCAGUGACGUGGUCUCCAAUACCGAGUUUGGAGGACCGUCGGCGAUCAUUACGCAAACUCUACUUGGAGGACGUCCUCUCCACUUCACUGUUUAUGCCGUGAACAACGGAGGUGGCUCCUCAACGGCAACCUGCAGCCUCCCGACCUUCGACAUCACCCUUCCGAAGGGCCGCAUCACGCCAGACUUCACCUUUACCAGCCACCCGCACGUACUGCGCGCCUCGGCCGUGGUGUACGACGACUCGGUCAUUUUGGUGCAAAAGGAAGGCGUUGGGUUUGGGCCUGAAAUCUGGGGUGAUCAAAUCGUACCGUGGCACACCAUCAAUAUUACAGAGAGGCAGCAGCUAGGUUAUUCAGUAAAUGACUUCCACUACUUCACUGCCGCGAAGAAAGGCCGCCUUAUCUCUAAGCCGACCUCAACCAUCAUCCACCGCAAUCCCAACUUCUGUGCACGGGACUGUUUGGCUCUCCCGGAGACCAAAUGCCUGAGUAUCAACUACAACUUUGAGGACUUCACCUGUGAACUGUUGGAGGAGAUUGAGGGUCAUGGGGUCGAAAUUCACGAGUCAGGACUUUUCUCUCACUUUGAGCGCCUCGGCGUCGGCCACGCCGUCGAGUCCAGUCACGAAUCGCUGCAACUCGUCCACAACCAUCUCUACUACUUCAAUAUAGAGCUCCUCAACUACGUUGGCUAUGAGAACAUCAUCUCAUCUGUCGGCAUCAUCGCAGACUUCACGCCUCCUGCGCCGGGGUUGAUCAUGAACGAGAUUAGGGACGAAGUGGUGCUUGAGCCGUGUGUGAAGUUCACUCCAGAGGAGUGGGAGAGACGAUGCAUUAAAGACACACCGCUGGACAACCAUCGCUAUAUCAUUGAUGGUCCUGGGUCUAUGACAGUUUUCAACGGCUACGAGGAACUAGUGGACAUGCUGUACACACGGAGCAAUACCUUCAUGGCAGCCAACUGGGAGGGUAUCCAUGACAAUGAGACCGGUAUCCAUGGCUACACCUGGUCCAUCGGCUAUGAUGUCUGCAGCGAUGACGUCAGUAUGCAUAUUGACCCUCACGCUCACCUGUUCGAUGAGUCGGAAUGGACCCAUCAGGGACUCGUUGUCAACGUCAAUCUUCCAGAUGGGGCCUAUUUCAUCACUGUGCGGGCUCUCAACAAGGUGAAGUUUGGUGGUCCUAUGGCACUCACUGUGUGUCACAGCAACCCUCUUGUUAUUGACAACACUCCACCCGUAAUUUACAGCAUUCACGACAUCACUUACAACUCGUCUAUUGGUAGAAUUGGCUUGCGAGUAAACGCAACCGAUCCUGAGUCCCAUUUGUUUGAGUAUCACCUAGCAGCAGGCAGGACUCCCAGGGACAAAUCGCUGCGCGAUUGGGAGGAUCACGCUGUGGUCGAAUGGCUUAUCAUGGACUUCAAGAUACCGCCUGGCAUACCUUGUUGGGUUAAAGUCAGAGCAGUUAACAACGUUGACCUGCGAACCAUAGACCAUGCUGACAGGCCAAUUCUAGUUGAUGAUUCUCCACCUAUUGCUGGAGACUUGUUCGAUGGACCGUACGCUGGACAAGACCUUGUAUUUACCAAGGACAAAAACAAGAUUUGUGCUAAUUGGUACAACUGGUAUGACCCCGAGUCUGGGAUCUUCUCCUACCUGUGGGGGGUUGGUACUCAACCAGGUCUCGUUAAUGUGGUAAACUUUGUCAAAGUGUCUCGUCAGGAGCAUGGUUCUUGCUCUGGCUAUGUGACCCUGCAGCACGGGGAGACGUAUUACUCCACACUCAUAGCCUUCCAUGGUGGAUAUGAUAAACUCAAUGUGACCGCUUCAUCCAAUGGAGUGACUGUGGACCUCACUCCGCCAAUUCAAGGAAAUGUGUAUGAUGGCCUGCUUCCUGGAUCUACAGAUCUGGACUUCUCCUCAAGACCGGCCACUGUGGAAGCUCAGUGGAAUGGAUUCUCUGAUCCAGACUCUGGUAUUAAAGACUACCAAGUGACAGUAUAUCGCAAGCAGGAUAGCAGCUUCAAUAGCACAAGUGACUUUGAGGUCAUCCAUGAGGCAGAGUCAGUAGGCAGUGCUACAUCCUCCAUUGAGUGGCACCAAUUCCAUCUCCAUCACAAGGAUCAGGUGUAUGUCAAACUACGCACUAUCAACCAGGCUUUCAAUCACAUUGAUACCCCUACCGAUGGCUUCUUGAUAGACCUUACCCCACCUGUGCUGCGGAAUCUGGGAGACGGGUUGGUAGUUGGAGAAGACCCAGAUUUCCAGUGGCAUUCUGACAGUCUAGCUGUUCAUUGGGACUACUUUGAUGAUGAAUCUGGCAUAGAGUCCUUUGAGUUGGCCAUCUAUGAGAUGAGACAGGGGAACAAGCACAAAAUCUUCCCAAGUGAUGGAAACCCGAACAGCUUUGAGUUGAUCUCUGAUAUCACAACCAGGUCUCAUGUUCAACAGGGUCUGACUCUGCGUCCUGGAGCUCUUUAUGUGACACGAGUCAAAGCCAAAAACCAAGCAAAACUAGUUGCCUCUCAUGAAACAAGUGGCGUCAAGGUUGAUCCCAGUCCCCCUGUGAUGAGAUUUGUCCGAAGCGGUAACCUGGAUGGGGAGGUUGAAGAAAUCUUUAGAGGUUACUUGUACCAGAACAGUCGUUCCUCCAUCCAAGCAUCCUGGCUAGCUGCAGAUGGACAGAGUGGCAUCAAGAGCUACUGGGUGGCAGUUGGAACAACACCAUAUUCCGAAGACGUCCAACCAUUCACCUCCAUGGGCUCCAAGAGCAGCGGUGUCUUGUCUAACCUGAAUCUCCAGCUCACAGACCCUUCCACCUGCAGCGAAGAGGCAUUUAUUGAGGGAUGCCGGCCGGUCUACUACGUGUGCGUCAAGAGUGAGAAUGGAGCGGGGGCUUUCAGUGACGUCAUCUGCGCCUCACCAAUCAGGGUGGUGGAUGAGGAUCAGACAGGCUAUGUAAAUGAUGGUUCGAGCUUCCAACAGGACACCGACGCGCAGCACGAAAGAACUACAGUCACCAUCAUGUUCGAUGACUUUGAGAGUCAGUUGCAUGGCAUAUCACGUUACGAAUGGGCCGUGGGUACGACCCCUGGAGGUGAGGACAUCCAACCUUUGACCUCUGAUGGCAUAGUGCCGGGCAUUGAUGUAGACGUGCAAGGAUUAGCAGGCAGUGGCAAGGCCCAGUCACCUCUGCCCCUCCAGCACGGUGUGACUUACUACAGCACGCUGCGAGCCAUCACGAACGGAGACAAAGUCUUAGAGUCCACGUCAAGUGGUUUCACAGUGGACAUUACUCCACCAGAGAUUGUGAUCACGGAUCUUGGAGAGUAUGACACACGUGUUGAUCUCAGCUUAGGUGGUGGAGUUAAUCUGUUCCAGUCAAACACAGACUCCUUUGAUGGCAUGUGGGAUGUUCAGGAAGGAGAGAGUGAUAUCAUUGCAACAUACUUCUCUAUGGGGCAGUACCCAGGGAGUGCUGAUGUCUUCCCCGUGACGUCAACGAAUAGAUCUUACAUUCCACCCACACUGAUCAGUCCUGCUGAAAUAGGGUUCCCUAACAUCUUAAGUGUGCAGGCAGUCAACAGUGUUGGACUGAGGAAGACUGUACAUGCUACCAUCAUGACUGUAGACAACACCCCACCUAGUGUUGGUCAGGUCCAGUGUCCUGCCGUCAUCCACGCUAAUGGUGCUAUCUUGUGUAGCUGGACUGAUUUCCUUGACGCCGAGUCCGCAAUUGAUCACUUUAGGUUUCUCGUUGGGACAGCCCGGGGUCUAGAAGAUGCAUAUGAAUCUAAGAAUCUACCUGGCUACUUCAUGCACUACAGUGUCAGAGAUCUGAAUCUCAUUCACAACAAAGUCUACUAUGUCACCGUGGAGGCCUUCAAUGCUGUCAAUCAAAGCACUAUGGCAUUCUCUGCACCUAUUGAGAUUGAUGAUACUCCCCCGUUAUAUGGCCUGGUGGUAGAGCUGCCUGGAGUACACACCUCCAAUAUCAGUAAUCCGGUGAGUAUACCAGAAUGGGACUGUACUAACGAGGAGGAAUGCUCACGCCUGGAUGGCGAGUGUCUGGAAUCACUCACUCAGCUGAGAAUCCUGUGGCACCCGUUCACUGACGAAGAAACACAGAUCGCCAAGUACGAGGUUGCCCUGGGAACCACACCAGGGGGAUCUCAGGUCAAAUCCUUCUACGAGGUAUCUAAGGAUCAGACAUCAGAACUCAUCACCAACAUCGACCUAAGUGAUAUCCGUGAGGUCUACGCCACAGUGAGGGGCUACAAUGAAGCCGGUCUAACCAGCACUGCAGUGUCCAAUGGCAUUUACAUCAGCCGGUUCAGUGCCGGCCUUCAACCACUCCGACCCUUCCAGGUCAAAGAUGGCGUUUCUGACAGCAAACUUGAUGACGUGGACUUCCAGACAUCACUGCGUGAAAUAAGUGCAGCGUGGGACUUCAGUGGAGACCCCUGUCCAUUUAAGAAGUAUGAGUGGGCCAUAUACAGAAUUGACGGCCAGCAGAUUCAGCCAUUCGCAGAUGUUUUAGAGCGAACUUCCGACACAAACACAGAUGUUGAAAUGACAGAUGGUGAGACGUACUACACCAUUGUACGGGCUACUAACGCCCUCGGCCUGGAGAUCACAGUCCGAUCCGAUGGUGUCACUGUGAAGCGAGACCCCUUAAUACCCGGCCAAGUGUAUGAUGGUCUUCUGGUGGGCUUUGAUCUCACCUACCAGAAAGAGACAGAUACCAUAUCAGCGAGCUGGAGGGGGUUUGGACAGGGAAUACCAGAAAAGGAAAUUGUUCAUCACACAGGAAAUGCUGAAGUUACCAAAGACCACCUCACAGAGCAAUCCGUUGACUACUAUGAGGCUGCAGUCGGCACUGACCGCCGCUACCCUAAGACCAGAGACAAUGUGGUGCCCUUCACCUUCGUCGGCUUGAACACAUCGGUCACUUUCACUAACCUGGACCUAACGGCACAAGCCUCAAUUUACUAUGUGACGGUGAGAGCACAUAGCGCCAGCUUUGCCACUGCUGAGGUGACAUCAACAGGGAUCAAUGUUGGUAUAGACAGCAAAGUACACGGAACUGAGGUAGAAGUACCCAAAUACGUGAACUCUGUCUCAGAGGUUGAGCUUAAGUGGGCUCAGUUUGAGUCCACGUUCCCCAUCCUCUUGUACUACGUCGGCCUGGGUGAACCCUCCCCAUCCUCCAUCCCACCUGAAGACAUGGACUGCCUGGAUAUGCUGUUGGGUACCAAGGAGGCCCUGACAACGUUCGACGUGAGGCAGAUGCACUUUGUCGGCAAAGACACCUACGUGGAGGUCCGAGGCUUGAAUCUGACGCAGGGAGGCUCCUACUUUGCAACUGCUGUGGGAAUGAACGAAGGGGGACAGUGUAACUCCUCUACCAGUUAUUUCUCUGUUGAUGUCACGCCUCCAGUCGAGGGUCGACUGCGAGUCGGACCUUUCUAUGACAUGCCUGUGGCGUACACCCACAGCACUGAGUCAGUGUCGGUGGUUUGGGAGGAUUACAGGGAUGAUGAGAGUGGAAUCAAGUUCUUCAACCUCCGCCUUGUGCAAGCUGCAUCUUGUGACAUCAGGGAUGACAACAACCUGUCACCAGUACCUGACCAUGACUGGCUGGUACUUGGCACUAACAUCAGUGAUUUUACAUUUGUGGACCUGAACCUACAGAGAAACCAACCUUACUUUGUUCAGUUGUCAGCGGUUAACCAUGCAGGAGACAACUUCCAAUCUCAACUGGGACCCAUCUUUGUCGACUCGUCGCAGCCCAAAGCCGGACUGGUAGUUGAUGGAACAGACUUCCAGAAGGACAUAACUGACAGCGGAGACAGAAGCCAAGUUUCUGGCACCAUCCUCCACUUGUCCAACCCAGAGGGUCCACCAUGUCCACUGAGAGAUGUUCCCUUCACUGAUCCACAGUGGUCAGCGAUGGACUUCAAGGGACUGUGGAAUGUGAAACGAGACGAAUGGGACUUGGAGUACCAGACACAGCAGGUGUUUACAUCGGACGAGAGUACGACACUGAAGAUGGAGCGGGACACAAGGGGGCGGCGUAUGCUGUCUGGCGCCUACAUCAUCAAUGCGCAGAUUGUCAGGAGUUCUGAAUAUGAGUUUGAUCUGAAGGCAGCACUACCUGACCUGCACAGCGUGACCAGCAUUCUCUUCUGGGAUGGCCCAGAUAGAACAAUCGGGGAGUUUGAAUUUAGUGGACGGGAGAAAUGGCGAGAAGGAAUCUGCCAGUGUUGCUUUCAACAACCCUUUAAUCAGUCUAUGUGUCCUCAGUGUGACUGUAAGCGCUUCUUGGGGGUACCCGAUUCAUUUGAUGACAACUCCACGCAUGUCAACGCCACCCCUCUGCCACCUGUAACAACCAGUAGCUUUGUAGCCACAAAGACAACGGAAGAGGCCGACUUAAGCAACGGAAAUGGUGCUCCGGUGACAACCAGGGGCCCUAGAGCCUGGACAGUCCGGAAACCAGACGCAGACGGGGACAGUGUAUCUGACGAUGAGAGUGGGCGAUGGAUUGCACAAAGAGCUUGUGGCUUCCAACUCUACCCAAAUGGCAGUGCAUCUCAAGCUGUACUAUGGUGUCGUUACUUUGGAGAUGGCUGGCCGAUGAUCUCAGAGCCUGUAGAUCUGGACUUUGAUCCAUCAGUGGAGGAGCGCCAUUACUCGGUUCACUUCAAAGUCAUGCCGUUUGAUGCACAAGAGGACGAAUGGUCGUUUGAAGUCUACGUUGAUGGUAAUCUACUCUCUUCACUGACUGGCCUACCAAUCAUGUCCUCAUCAACGAAACUCAUCCUUCAUGUCUUCAAUCGAGACAGCUACAUUGCGGAUCUGCAAGACCCCUUCAAUCCUCCGGCUGUCACAGCCAUAGUCAGGAACUUGAGGAUGCCUCCUGAGCAGAGCAAGCUGUGUCGCUACGGGGCACCAUUCAGGGCUGGCACUAGUCCCGUCUCCCGCUACUUUGCUGGUGUCGGCUCGGUAGCAGGAGCCACAGAUAUCGUGCCGUUCAGGGAGAUCGCAAGGCCCUGUGUUCCUUGCAUCAACCCCUGUGAUCGUUACCAGUGUGAUCCCUCGUGUUCCCUUGAUGCCGUUCCCAUCACAUUCACUCUCACCAACCUGUCUCUGGCUAGACUGGAUCCUUUGAAUGGAACUCUAAAAAGCGAUGGAAAUGCAACGACGCAAGCUUCACAAGAUAACGAGGGACCACUCCCGUUUUUUGUGAUAGUGAAAUCUUUCCUUGGAAAUGGAAAAUCAGUUUUAGCAUCCUCCAAUGGUUUCUACAUUGAUGACACCCCACCAGAAUUAGAGGUGUUCUUCUAUGUAGACGUCAACGUCAACCAGUAUGAACCGACGUCCUUCCAGUCCUCGGAAUCUACCAUUAGUGUUCUCUGGAGCUUCAUUGAUACAGAGAGCAUGAUCAAGGAGCAAUACUGGGCCGUAGGAACCUCCAGAGGGGCCACAGACCUGCAAGACUUUGUCAACGUUGGGUUGAACCAGACAGCUACCAAUAGAGAUCUAAUGGGAUCACUGCACCACAACACCACGUACUUUGUAACCCUUAAGGCUGUCAAUGGAGCUGGCUUGGAAACGAUUGUAAAAUGUGAUGGUGUUACUGUCCUACUGGAAGAACCCACUGCGGAUGAUGUCAACACCACCUCAAUGUUCAGCCAGCAGUUUGAGGAGGAGGUUUACCCACCUGAUGUAGAGAAAAGUGACGACCCAACAAAGACGGGGACAUCCUGGUCCAAACCAAAGGAUGAAUCCAUCGUUCGUUAUGAGUACUGUGUGAGCAGUUCAGCGGAGCUCCUGGAUGACGUUGUUCCCUGCAUGGUGGUUGGCGCGAAUGCCUCAGGCUCUGUGGUCAUCGAGAAUGGAACGAUCGUUGUCAGAGCCGGUGACAAGGAGGAGCGGUUUAACAUCACCGACUUCAGGGCACCCACGGAUGCCACUCAGGCAGAGAUGAUUAAACACACUGGAAAGUUCAACAUGGAGCCUGGAAAGUGUCUACAUUCCUGGAUGAGGAUGUGUAACCAAGCUAUGCUGUGUGUGACCCUUUCCGCGGGAACUACCACAGUAUUGGGAGACAGCGAUACGAUGGUGACGUCAACUGAUGGUUCCGACCUUGUCCUGACGUCAUCGACAAGUCAGAGGAGAAGGAAGCGGUCGACGGGUAAUCACUUUGAAGUUACCUUGGCUACGUCAGAAGGUUUGCACCAGGGUGGUUCACUCAUCCUUGGCCUGCUGGAUGCGAACCGAACCAUCCAGGAGUUUACAUCAGAUGCUUCCCCUGAUUAUAAACCUUACAUCACCAAUCCCCUGUCCACCAUGGAGUACACGUCAAGACUGCUCAAGCAAAGGAUACGUUUUGUGUAUGAACCAACAUUCUACGUUGCCAGUCUUGGGCAGACUGAGCUCCGAGGACCAAUGACGAUUACUAUCACUCUUGGCACACCGGGAAACUGGACAGAGGCAAAGCCAAGACUUAUCUACUGGGACACAGAUCGCUUUAAAUGGCGUGAUGCAGCGAAGACCUGUAGUGAUGUGGAUCGCAUUACUUACCUUGAAGACGGGAACCAGGUUAUCGUGGAGGUUUGCUCUACCCGGGCUCCAGCCUCUACGCCCUCAGCAGCUGGUCGCAAGCGGCGGGCCGUGCAAGAGGAACCUAUGCUGACAAGUCCCAGCUACUUCAGCCAUGAGACCCAUUUUGCCUUGGCUUUGGUUCUUGAUGCCGUCCCUAACGACCCUCCUAUAAUCACAAACCCUACUGAGAUCAUGUUCAUGGAAGAGGACGAAGGUACUUUGGAGUACACACUUCAGGCCAGUGAUGCUGAAGAUGACAUGUUAUUCUUUGAGCUUGGUAGCAAUGAGGACUUGCAAGGCACCGCAACAAUCACUGAGGAUGGAGAAUUCAGUUUUACGCCUUGCGCUGAUUGCUUCGGUACUGUCACCGUACAAAUCAUUGUGAGAGAGAUACAGACCUUCAGUGAAAUCAAACCCCUGUCUACCAGUGUCAACAUCACCAUUGAAAUCCAUCCGGUCAACGAUAACCCUGUAUUGUACAGCGCGCGGAACAGGCAAAUUAUUGGCAACGGACGCAUUGCCUUGUUAAUCGUUGAGCAGAACACAGGAUCAAACGUUGCCUACGUGGAUCUGGUUGCUGAGUUAGGAGCGUACGAUGUUGACACCAACGACAACCUGACCAUCCUAACCCAGCCUGUGACCUACGGCAACCUGACACUGACACAGCAGUCGAGGUCAGUGCCCUCCAGGCAGAACUGUAGUGAGCCCUCAUUGGGAGACACCAAACAACCAGUCAUCCCGUGUGGACUACAGUUGCCGCAUGAUGAGAGAAACAUGACCUGGAUUACGUCCAGAUUCACCUACGCUCCCUACCCUAACUACCACGGUAGGGAUAGCUUCCUGGUCUUGGUUGAGGACCAGUCAGGGGCCGUGUCUCAGCUUCUGGAGGUACAGAUUGCUGUACUGGUCAACCCUUGCAUCAACGGUGGAAUCUGUAGAGGACCUGUGGCUGACCCUGAUUGUACCUCCCCAGCACGUAGCAGUGGGUUCGAUUCCUACUCCUGCCUCUGUCAGUCUGGCUGGGUCGGUGACAUCUGUGAGAUUGAUUACGACGAAUGUCAGUCCACACCCUGCGAAUAUCCAUAUGUCUGUUUCGAUCGCCUCGACGGAUUUCAGUGUGCCUGCCCGUUGUCCGAUCCACUGUGUGAUGACCUGGACUGGAGACUUAAAGUUAUAAUUGGCGUUAUCAGCUGCCUUGCUGGACUGCUCACGAUUGCUGCUGUGCUUUUCUGCUUCUGCAAGACGGGACGUGUCAAAAACAGGUCACAAAGCCAGCUAGCCGGUGAAUCUGACGAUAAUCAUCUGGUGUCCAAUGUUACCUACAAUACUUCUCACGCCUAUAAGAAUCCCGCUUAUGAAGACAGCAGUGGAGAUUACUCAGAUGCUGCCGAGGAAGAGGACAGCCAGACUGGUUCCAGCCAUCCAGACAGCCCUCCGCCCGCAAGAUUGCCUGUGCUCCCAACUCGUUCUAAAGGCUCGAGUGACUCCUUGGGCUUCAAGAAGAAGAGGUCUUGGUCUAACCUGAGCCUUUCCAAUGCUGUCGCUGAUGCUCCAGGAGAAGCUCCUUCUAUUGAUGAGGGUUCUGCUCUUGGUACCUGUGCCCUGCCCUGUCCUUCUGUGAGCCCUGUGUGUCCCACAGUUAGCCCCACCGGAUCUGCAGGCAGUCGUACCUGUCCUGGAGUGACUCCACCUCAUCCUGGGGUUAGCCCAAGAGGGCCUGCAGUGAAACCUGCAGGUCAUGCUUUGAGCCAUGUCAGUCCUCCCGUAAGACCUACCUAUGCUGAGAUGUGGACAGAGCCAACCAUGCGCAGGCAGGACACCAACGCUGGUAAGCCAGAAGGUAUGAAGAUGUCACAAAAGAGGCUUCAACAGUCUGGCACGGAUAAGGCAUCUUGCUGUGAGAUGGAGCCUUUAGGAUCAAAGGUAAGCCCUACUGACAACGAGCAAGUCUCCCUGGAUGUCGGCGAAACAACGAUUUAAUGACCCACCGCGGCUGUCUGCUAGCAUCUCUCUCGCUGCGGGCCAUGACUUCAGGGGUUAAAAACAUCAAACUCAUGUUCAACAAUAUUUGAUUUUGCCUGUACAGGAAGGCAACAUUUCCUCAUAUAAGCUUCCUAAAAUGCAUGGGUCUUAAUUUCAUUUUUUAUACUAUACUGCACGAAAGACUUCCAACUAGUGGCACCGUGAACUUAACUCACUCUUUGCUUGACACUGUAUAAUGAAGUAUACAGCAUUCUGAUUAAAAAACCAAAUUAAGUGGGCUACUUUACAAAGUUUUUACCAAAUAAAUUUGUUUGUUUGGUGUUUUGGGUUUAUUAGCUGUGUCCAUGGUACAUUUUGUUAACUUGUGGCACAUAAAUCAGAGGUAUUAAAAACAAAUGUAGAUAUCAGGAGCCUGUAACUGAUGCACGCAAAGAAAAUUAUGAAUCCCCAAAAUGUCAGACUUGCUCCACAAACUUUUGACGAUAUCUACUGAUUGAAAAUGGUUAAUUAAGUGACUUCACAUCUGUGAAAUUGCAACAAUGAAGACAAUUCUCUGUACUGGUGAUGAAAGUUGUGGCACAGUUUGUCAUAUGAAGGUUUUCACCUGCCAUCUCUGCAUAUACAAGAAAUUACACCAGUUGCUAGGUAGUGAAUUCAGCCUUGGAAAGAGCACUAGAGAUAUACCUUCAGCUAUUUUGCCAAAACAAAAAUCUUAUUUACUCAGAUUGUAUUACUCUGUCUUUGAAAUAUCAAUAUACAGAUAAUUCUGAAAUUUCAAGUAAUUAGCUCUAAAAUGUAAAGCUUAGAGAACAGUUGUAAUCGUAGUCAUCUCUUAUUUUAGCAUGUUUUUUGUUACUCAGAAUUAGAAAUACGAGCUCCUAUUUAAAAAAUGUGUUGAUGCUUUACGCCUAAGUUUUGUUAUGAUCCCCAAAUGAACUAUUUUGCAGUUAUAAUGGUUCGAAUCACUGACCAGCUCUGACAAGAUUUAUUCUUUGACGUACAAGCAUGCGUAAAAUGUGCGAGACAUUUCUUUAAGCCUGAAAGGUAUGUGGAAAUGGGAGGAAUUCUGUGCUCAGAGCUCCGAAGGAAUGUUCUUGUCCGCCCCCCCCCUCCCAUGACAGAAUACACAGUUAUGGGAAGUACACAGAAUUUGAUUUCUUUUUCAAACAACUCAAAAUUAAAAUUCAGUUUGAAACCUUAAAAUAUGUUUGGUCGAACUUUCACAAAGUUGUAAGUGCAUUGUUUAUGUUCAUGUAUCCAGAAUUUAUGUGAGAGUCAAAAGUGCAUUGAAGCUAUACUCAGAUUGACAAAUAAACACUUUUUGCAAGCAUAACGAUGGCUUUGCUGUUUUUUAA